GGCCAGGGUACGCCUGUGGUAGCAGAGCAGAGCCAGGAGGAGCAUCCUGAAGAGCCGCAGGCCAUCGUGGAUGAAAGUACAUCUUCUUCCAUCAGCUCAGACGAGGAAGAGGAGGACGAUGACAAAUCUAAAUGCUUUGGAGGAAGCCCUGCCUAGAAUAUGUGCGGUCACAGAGGAGGAAAUGACAGGACCUCUCACUCUGCUACUUUUAAACACGGUGGCCUUUAGUGCUCAGGAUGAAGGUCGAUGUUGUUGGACGUCAUCAUAAAUUAAAAUUCUUUUAGAACAGGGGUUAAAUUUAACUAUUUGUAUAUUCAAAACAUUUUUGUCUUUCGUUUGCACACUCUUAACCUAAUUGCAAAAUAAAUAUAACUGGUUAGAAAUAGCUCACUGCUCAAAGUCAACAUGUGUAUAGACGAAACGCCGGGUUAAGAGGCGCAGUACUUUAACUUCAGUAAACUGUUUAAAGUAGGUUUUGUGGGCUUUGUGUCCGAGUUCAUAGUUAUUGAUGUAGAGCUACAGACUGAACGCAGCGGCUGAGACGAUGCGUUCUGUCUGCAGGAGACGAUCUUUGGCUCGCUGCUGACGUGCGUCGGUCCGUCACGUGACCUGUGGAAUGUUAACAAUGCAGCGAGUGUCCAACUUUGUGCUGCAUUUCUGAUCCUGCUGGAGUCUGGGGAGAAAAUGGAGGCUCAUUUCAUCAUAAGUGCCAUGUUCCUCCGUCUUUUCUGAGCUCCACGGACGAACGAGCGCACCCCGCCGCCGGAUAACGGACUUUAAAAAGUGCCCGUUUAACGGGAUUGGCUCCGGUCCGACUUCUUGCUGCUUCUAUCACAUGGAGCAGAUUGGCAGCAUCAUGGUUUGGCUCCGCGCUGCCCUCGUGACUGACUGCAUUUCCUGGAAUAAGCUGGAACCUGAGCCUUGAAAGCUACACCAUGGAAUGCCUGUAGUAUCCCCGCCUCACCUUCACCCAGCCCUCCGGCAUCAGCGGGAACCACAAGCACAAAGACAGACGCAAACAAAUAAGGGACGCAGGGGAGGACUCUAAAUCUGCUGCCGGACAGUCUUUAUCUAUUUGGGCCAGACAUCUGGAGAGGGACCCUUUGACGGGUGCAGCGGAGUGAGUGAGUGUGUGUGUGUGUGUGUGUGCGUGUGUGUGUGUGUGUGUGUGUGUGUGUGUGUGUGUGUGUGUGUGUGUGUGUGCGCGCCUGUCAGAGGCACUGAGGCAAUGAGGCCAAAGACUUUCCCAGCCGCCCCGUAUGUGGGCAACACGCGCCAGAGGCUCCAGGAGAUCAAAGAAGGCCUGAAGCAGCCGGCCAAGCUGGUGAGCCAGGCGCUGCACGGCGGCCCCCGCAGCGAGGGCCGCGGCGCCGAGAGCAAGGGCGGCAAGGACGCGGCCAGCCGGCAGCAGCAGCUCCGGCCGCCGCAGAAGUUCAACAACUACCAGAAUGCACUGCGGGAAAUACGCAAGUCCCUCAUGCCCUUCGCCAACGAGUCGGGUCCGUCCUCCGGGUCGGGGCACCCUGCCGGCGCCGGGGAGGUCAACCGGCAGAUGCUGCAGGAGCUGGUCAACGCAGGCUGCGACCAGGAGAUGGCCGUGCGGGCGCUGAAGCAGACAGGAAGCAGGAACAUUGAAGCAGCUUUAGAGUACAUUAGCAAAAUGAGUUACCUUGACCCUCGCAACGAGCUCAUAGUCCGUGUCAUCAAGCAGACUUCGCCAGGAAAAGCUGGCAUGCCCAACUCGAUGGACCACCGACCUGCAUUAGAGGCUUCAGGUGAGGCAGUAGCCAUGCCUCCAUACCACCAGAUGGGGCCUCCCAUGUAUGAGGCGGCUGGAGGGUACGACCCUGAGGGUGAGAUGCCCAGACCCUACAUGAGCGCUCCCCCAGUUAUGAACUACAUGAUGCCCUCAUCUGGUGCAGCACAGGGCCCUGCUAUGGGCAAUCCUAUGGGUCGACCUCCUAGUAUGGGCACCUAUCCACCAGUAAUGGCCCCUCAGAGCAACCCAGCCAAUACAAUGUAUCCUCCAGGGGCCCAGCAGAAAGUUUACCCUGGCACUAUGGAGCAACAUGGGCCCAUAAUGAGCUACACUGUGCCUGGCCAGCCUCUGCAACUCCAGUCUCAGCCACCAGGGGGCCCAGUCCCAGGCCCCCACUAUGACUACGGACAUCCCAGACCACACAUGAUGGAACCAGCAGGCUAUGGCGUGAAGAGGACCCCCUCUUUCCAGAACAAGAUGGCAGCACCACCGAUCGCGCCCCCAGAUAACUAUGUCAACAUGCAAGGAAAAGGGGCUAUGGGUCAGAAUGUGCCAGGAGGCGGAGGGGGAGGGUACCCUGCUAACUUGUACCUUUCCCCUCACUCCCACCCCCGACAGUCCAGCCCCACCUCCCACCAGGUGCACAUGAUGUCUCGUCCCCCCGGAGGGGUGGCAGCCAUGGGCCCUGACUUCUCAGACCUACCCCAGGGCUUGAGGACUCCAUCCAGGGCUAGCCUCAACCUGGACCUCUAUGAGCACCACUGGGCAGGGCCUGCAGGCCCUGAAGGGGCCCCUGCUGCCAGGCAACCUCAGCCUCAGGGCCCCUUCAGGGGUGAAGUGCGUGUCCCCAGCAGAACCAACUCCUUCAACAGUCGAGCUGCAGGGCCCAAUGGUGUCCGGGCCACAAUGGCUGCCCCGCCUACAAGUGGGAAGCAGGAGCCCACCUUGGGUCCACCGAACACCAUCACAGCUGUAACGUCCCCACCCAUCCAGCAGCCGGUCAAGAGUAUUCGUGUGAUGAGGCCAGAGCCCAAGACAGCUGUGGGACCGUGUCACCCUGGGUGGAUGUCAGCUCAGGCCCAGGAUGCAACAGAGCCGCUGGCCUACGUGCCAGAGGACACUUACCUUGAGCCUGCUCAGGAACCACGGUGCCCCCCACCGCCCUACCCCAAAAACCUGCUCAUGUCUGCAGGGCCAGGUGAGCCAGGGGUCCUGGAAGGAGCUGGAGCCAAGGGUGGAACCCAGGACCUUAGCAGCUCUGCCGUCAGAAGCACAAUCGGUGGCAGCGGAGGAAGCGGGAAGGCCGAAGAGAGCCAGCGCGUGAAAGAGAAGACGAAGGUGGGGAAGGGAGAGAAAACGGUCAAAGACAAGAAGCAGAUCCAGACCUCACCUGUCCCAGUAAGGAAGAAUGGACGAGACGAGGAGAAGAGGGAGUCCCGCAUCAAGACCUACUCUCCCUUUGCCUUCAAGUUCUACAUGGAGCAGCACAUAGAGAAUGUGAUGAAGACCUACCAGCAGAAACUCAACCGCAGGCUUCAGCUGGAACAGGAGAUGUCCAAGGCUGGACUGUCGGAGGCAGAGCAGGAACAGAUGAGGAAGAUGCUCUACCAGAAAGAGUCCAACUACAACAGGCUACGUCGGGCCAAAAUGGACAAGUCCAUGUUUGUCAAAAUCAAGACGUUGGGGAUCGGUGCCUUCGGAGAAGUGUGUCUGACACGCAAGGUGGACACCGGUGCACUUUAUGCCAUGAAAACGCUGCGCAAGAAAGAUGUCCUCAACCGCAACCAGGUGGCGCAUGUGAAAGCAGAGCGUGACAUCCUGGCAGAGGCCGACAACGAGUGGGUCGUGCGUCUCUACUACUCCUUCCAGGACCGCGACAGCCUGUACUUCGUCAUGGACUACAUCCCCGGAGGAGACAUGAUGAGCCUGCUCAUCCGGAUGGGCGUCUUCCCCGAGCCCCUGGCGCGCUUCUACGUGGCAGAGCUGACGCUGGCUAUUGAGAGCGUCCAUAAGAUGGGAUUCAUCCACCGCGACAUCAAACCCGACAACAUCCUCAUCGACUCGGACGGACACAUCAAACUGACGGACUUCGGCCUCUGCACGGGCUUCCGCUGGACGCACAACUCCAAGUACUACCAGAAAGGAAGCCACGUCAGACAGGACAGCAUGGAGCCCAGUGACUUCUGGGACGACGUGUCCAACUGCCGCUGCGGUGACCGACUGAUGACACUGGAGCAGCGCGCCAACCGGCAGCACCAGCGCUGCCUGGCUCACUCCUUGGUGGGAACGCCCAACUACAUCGCCCCGGAGGUGCUGCUGCGCAAAGGCUACACCCAGUUGUGUGACUGGUGGAGUGUGGGGGUGAUCUUGUUUGAGAUGCUAGUGGGACAACCGCCGUUCCUGGCCCCAACACCCACAGAGACUCAGAUCAAGGUCAUCCACUGGGAGAGCACCCUGCAGGUGCCGGCCCAGGUCAAACUGAGCCCAGAGGCUGUCGAUAUCAUCGGUCGGCUGUGCUGCGCGGCGGAGGACCGGCUCGGUGCCAAUGGCGCCGGCGAGAUCAAGGCUCACCCAUUUUUCACGCAGAUGGACUUCUCUAGUAAUUUGCGCCAGCAACUAGCUCCCUACCGGCCUAAGAUCGCCCAUCCCAUGGAUACGUCCAACUUUGACCCCGUGGAGGAAGAAGGUGGGGCCGGGGCGUGGAGUGACAGCGGGGACAGCACCCGGGCCUUGGACCUCCUCUGCUCUCCACAUGGGAAGCACCCUGAGCACGCCUUCUACGAGUUCACCUUCCGCCGGUUCUUCGAUGACAACGGUUGCCCCUUCCGCUACCCUAAACCACUGGAGGCCAGCGUCAGCAUGGGCCCGGAAGAGGAGGAGGUCCAGGAAGAGGAUGAGGAGGAGGGAGAGGAAGAUGAAGAGGAGGAAGGAGAGCAGGGAGAGGGGUGUGAGCCUGUGUACGUCUAGAGCUACACACUCACAGGCUUCCAGAGCACCUCAUGUCGGUUGUUGCAGGUGCUGCUACUCUUCUGUGUGUGUCAGUGCUUAUCUGGUGUGUGUUGUUGUAAAGUUGCAGCAGCAGGACAGGCGAACACAACCCUCUAGUGGAUCCAACUGUGUCCACAAAUCACAAUUCCCCUGAUCCGGGACCAACAAAGAUUCUGCAUGUGACAACAAGGGUAAAGUGUAUGAAAAGGAUGGUUAACAGCCUCAGGAAUGUCAGGCUGUCUGCAUCCAAAGGUUUUCAUUUGAGGAUCACUUCUGUCCCAUUCCUUCCACCCUUGAUCUUACAGAUGACCUAAACACUGAACACUUCUACACAAGCUGUUGUUCACUGUUUGACACGGCAGUGUGAGGAGUGGAACCAGUUUACUCAUUGGUCACACGCAAGGGGUCUGAAUCUGCAUCGUUUCCACAGCUGCUGCAAACUAAGCUAUAGAGACCGUAUAGAUCUUGUGCUCAGGCUUCUGGACUCUGCAGGUCUAUAUUAGUUCUUCAAGACAUUGACUCAGAUAAAUUCCUCCAGAUUCCUCUGAUGCAUGAGAAGUUUUUAUUUAAGUGCCAGCGUCCUGUGUGACAGGCCUUUUGGAAGCAUUCAGUUUUCAAGAGAUGUCUCUGUGCCUCAAACGUCACCAACACACAAAUUAAUGAAGUAAGUCAAUGUCUCUGACAGUAAUUUUGUGCCAACUUCAGCUUAGUGCAAGAGAUGAAGCCCAUGGAGAACACCUUGUUUUAGACAAUAGAACCGAUGAGUAAAAUGAGUAAGACUAUUAAGAGAAGCGAGACGUGGACACGCAGGAACCCGUUGGAGCGGGUGGGGCCGGGUUCUUUUCAGACUGAGAUUAAAACACACUACACAAACACGCACGUUCACCAUUUUACACUUUUACUUUUCACUUCCACAGUAGUUUAACCAGCCUUCUUCAUCCUCUGGAGGCAGUCAAAACACAAAGCAACACGUUCCUGCAACAGCCAAACGUGAUAGUAUGAAUAUGUGCAAUACCAAAAACAUUAUAUAUAGUUUUCUAAACACUUAUUAACCUUAUGAACGUCUAUUACUAAAUGUACAAAUAUAUUACUUUAUAUAUAUUUUUUCUUUUUCUCAGUUACAACAUGCUGCUUAUUAUUGAGUUUAUUAUUUACUUAUUAUUAUAACUGUUAUUACAUUUGUAUCUGUUGUUUUGUUAUGGCUUAAAGAAGUCUUGACUUAACUGGCCACAUAUUGUUCUUGGGUUUUGAGGUAGAAGCUUUGUGCCUUUCCAGCUGAAUGUUGUAAUGUGUGUUAAGGGCGACGACAGUGAUGGUGAAGGUGAUGAUGAUGAAUGUUUGCAGAGCAGUGUUGAGUGACUCUUCAGCUCUUGCGGACGGGCUGGUCCUGAAUGCAGGAGAGGAUGGAGUAACAGUGUCUGGUUCACAAACCGAUAGAACAGAGUAGAUGAGCGAUGGAGGAUGAGGAGAAGCGAAGAUGUUUGGCCUGAAGAACGGAAUGAAAGAGAAACAAAACAGGAAAAUUCUACAAAGAGUUAGUGGUUGGUACAUUUUUUUAUUCUCUGAAAUUACCACAAGUUUUCUAUGUUUAGGUUUAUCCUUUUGAUCUGUGCCUUGUUGUACCAUCCAGUAUGUUGCUUUUUGACAAUCGGCAAACAGAAAUUGCUGUGUCGAACCGAGCUGUUUGGUUAAUGACAACCAAACUGUUCCCACAGUAUUGUGUGACUUUGACUGGGAAUGCUAGAGGCAUGAGAACAUUUACGUGAUUCUCUAAGAAUGAUGGAAAAUGUUUGGAUGAAAUUUUUUUUAUUAUUAAUUAGUUUGAAUAUGUAUUGAAAGUUAGUUUUCUGUAAAUCUGCCUUGUGUUUUAAAGUGAGCAGCACAAUCUUAUAAGAUUAACUUCUUAUCUAUUUUUCAUUGACCUCUUUUGCCCGUUAUUACUCUUCAUGCAGGGAAAUCGACAGAACAUUCUCUGUGUUUAACAUUUACACUGGCUUUGUUUACAUACACAACAACCUUGAUUUUAUUCUAGUCAGUAACUUGCAGCAAGUAGAACUAGAUGGGUCAGACGUUGAGGGAAAGCAAAGAAGAAGAAAUUACAACUAAAACCAACUGCAAUAAAAAAAUAGUCACAUGUAUAAUCUGAAGGUGGCUUUUACCCCACAAAUUCGACCUUUUGUGUAACUGAGUUUUGUGUCUUUUUGGUUGCAACAUAUUAUUUUAGGAAGGGGAAACAGGGUUUUCACACAUUCAGUGUUGUAACUAAGGCUGUGUUUAGAUUUGUUAACUCCAUGUCACUUAUUUCACCUACUUGUUGCAUUAUACAUCAUCAUUCACAUAAAAACGUUUAAUCUAGAUGUGACAGCUGUCUUCUGUCAUGAAAAUGUGCCAUGAAAAAUUCAAUUGGACUAAACUUAGUAUCUGGCCUGCAAACUGUAAGGCGCCCAGACUAAUCUGGAGCUUUGGUUGAGUGGAUCCUGACCGACAUUCUUAAAGUGAACAGAGCUCUCUUGCACUCUUCUCUAUGCUGGUUCAAACAUCUAACCCUCUAUCUUCUCUAAACCUCUUGUUGACUGCAUUGCCAAUAUACAUUGACCAGGAAUGACUGCUUUGUGAAAAAAAGCUUUAUACCAGGAGCUGUGACUCUUUGCAGUGUGUGUGUGUGUGUGUGAGAGAGAUGUUUCCGGGAUAUGUUUUUGUUUUUUGUUCCAAAGGUUAGAGAGUGAUGACUGACAAUCUUUGAUUGCCUUUAUAUAUGAUUUUCUCUGUUUGGCUUUUAUGCUCCUUAAUGUAUGAUACUGUAUUGUUACUGAAUUUAUAUUUAUACAGAUAUACAUAUUUUUUGUAUCCCACCCUCUUUUCCCCAAUUUCCUUUGUGUUAAUGUUGAAACAUGUCUACGCAGUAUUACAGAUGAUAAAAUGUGGACAGCUAUCUCUUUUUUUACAUGUAUGUAUGAACUGAGAAUUUGUAAAAAUGAUUUUACAGUAUGUGUGUAAAAUGUAUGUAUAAAUUAAAUUAACCAACGUGGA